GAUAGAAUAUUGCAUGGAGACGAUCCUGCUGCUGCUGUUAUUGCUGCCUCGCACUGCAUGCUGUUUCACCGCUGUCCGAAGUGUGUUGCGCGUAUAGUGCGUUCCAACGGCCGCCUGUGCCUGCACGCACGUUCUCGCGCCGCACCGCACCCACUGCGCGCGCCUAUCGACGUUGCUCGGCGCCGUCGUGCUAUACGGCUACAGUGAGGCGCACCACCGGGCGAGAGUGCAAUGGCGUGGUGAGCGGAAUCGAGAGCAGCUGCAGCGCCAACCACCGUCUGCUGGCUCCUGCAGCGCCGUGAGCCUCGCGGUGCCUCGCCAUGGACGUCGACGUUGCCGUCGACCAGCGCGGGAGACAUUGGGACCAAGCGGCAGAAUCGUCGAAGUCUACCUCGUCCCAGCACCUAUCCAGCAGUCGCCCCAAGACCCGUCACGCCAGCUCUGCCGUUUUAACGUCCAUCAUCGACUCGCUCGACACCCUGGGCCCAUUGCCUGACAUCCACGCCCACGAUCACUUCUCGGAAACAGCCAGCCGACGUUCCCUUCCCGAAUCCCUCAACCGCUCCGUGGCCAGCUCGGCCUCCAUCCAUAAGAACACCAUCUCGCCCGGCUUUGGCGUCGAGUACGGUGGACAGCUGGAGCUGGACGAUGUCGACGGCGUGACCGAUGCCGCCCUGCCCCCUACCGUCCCCACCUCCAGGCCGCCUUCGGGCUUGUCGAUGCACCAAGUGCCGCGACGAGAGAGUAGCAGGAAGUCGGCAUCGAUCACAGGCUCGUUGCGCCCGCAGCCCGCUUCGCGCAAGAGUUCGCUGGGUUCCGUUGCAAGUACUGGCAGCCCUCGGAACACGCUGAGCUCAGAGAGCUGGGUCCGCAAGAGCACGUCCAAGGGAGGAGACGACGACGAUUCGGGCAGCACGCGGGGCAGAUCAGCGCGCAAAAGCCGCUUGAAGGGCGUGAGCUCGCACAGCGCAUUGCGCAUGGAUGAGAACUGGCCGUUGUCGAGGGACAUCAGCGAAGACAGCACGCGUGUGUCGUUGGCCGACCACGUCAUUGCCAAAGCUCCUGCGCCGCCUCCUGCUGGCCGAGGCAGAAUUUAUUUAUCAGAUGCCACGAUCAACGAAGAUCGGUCUGAAGUCACUUCACCUCCAUUGUUGACGCACAACUCCUCUGGUGGGCGAAGCGGUGGCAGUGAGAGCAAAGCUUCAGAGCGGCUGUCUGUAUCGGGGUCCUCCUUGAAAUCUCCAAGUCCAAUUGAAGAUUCUAUUCCCACCAGGUUUUCUUCGCUGCGCAUGUCCAGUAGUAGUUCUACUGGCAAGAAGAAACACAAGAAAUCGAAACGACGCGCGACCCCGAGCAAUACUGACAAAAUGGGCUACCGGCCGUCCUCGCCAAUACCAGAAUCGAGCUGGGCAGAUCUAGGCGACGACGACGAAACAGUAAGGCGCAUUAGACAAUUGCGAGAGCAGCGCAAAUCACGACUACAAGAAGAACUUGUUUCUGCGGAAGGCACAGAACCCAGCGCGCUACUCGCUCCUUCCCGAGAUCCCGUCCCACAACGCUCUGCAAGCGAAAGGCGACCGUCCUCACCAGAUGACAGUGCUAGAAAGGCACGCAAGCUCCAACGACCGGUCCAUCGCCAUAAUGUCGAUCAAGCGAAGGCGCACAAAACCCUGGGUCUUCGCGACUCAAGUAGAACGCGGCAACGUGUGGAUGACAUUGAUCCAGCGGGCCUGGUCAGACCGGCAGGAUUUAAUAUCGAUCAAAGACCAGCAUACUCUCUGGAUAUCCAGCGGCCCUCGUCGCAACGCAGACCACAGACCGCGAAAUCGGUAGACCGACCCCCUUCGCAACGACUUUCUCUCGAUUACUCUUACGCACAAGCAGUAAAUCUGUUCCAGAACGACAUACGCGACCACAGUCGCUCAACCGAGCACAGAAGCCGAGAAUCGUCGGCGCCUGCGCCCGCCGUUAGAAGUGGAGACUCGGACACUCCAACGAAGCCAGGCUCACUUUCGAGCGCGUCGCGUUCGACGAAAAAGAAGGCCAAGCGUACUGCAGAAGAGAAGCUAACAGGAAACCAUCCCGAUCUCCCACUGAGUUUCGACAAAAGGAGAAAUCGAAGGAAAUCGAUGAGUGAUGCCCGCUUGGCAUUAUCUGGAGACAAAGAUGCGGGAGCCUCGCGACGAGAUAGCAUUGACGAAGCAGUCUCAGAGUACCUGCAAGCGCCGCGGCUGAAUCGCAGAGUGAAGAACCUGCCCAGCGGACGUGUCAUUUCAUACUCAGAGGUCGGCGAUCCGAAAGGAGCGGCUGUUUUCAUUUGCGUGGGCAUGGGCCUCACUCGAUACGUGACUGCAUUCUAUGACGAACUGGCAACGACCUUGCGACUUCGGUUGAUCACGAUCGAUCGACCCGGAGUGGGAGGCAGUGAUCCUUACCCUCCUUCAGACAAGAGUGGACCACUGAAUUGGCCCGAAGAUGUACUGACGAUCUGUCAACACCUGGGAAUCAUCAAAUUCAGUAUCCUUGCGCACUCGGCAGGAGCAAUAUAUGCGCUGGCCACGGCUCUCAUCCUUCCCCAUCUCAUACGGGGUAAGGUCCAUUUGCUCGCCCCUUGGGUUCCGCCGAGCCAGCUUGAGGCGAUUUCACACCCAACUUCGUCUGCGCCUCCAGCGAACCCCUUGCCAAGAAGUCAGCGCUUCCUUCGCGUUCUCCCGACGCCAUUUCUCAAGGCAGCGAAUGCUUCGUUCAUGACAGCCACAUCAGCGUCUCUCAAACCUGUCUCCAAGCGAGCGAACAGGUCAACUCCUACCAAGCCUUCGCCCAAGAGACAAGUCAACGGGGAUGAGACCUUGCAAGACAAGGCGUCAGGCCGUGAGCGCCCAGAAUACAACCGACGUGAAUCUAUGAUGUUGAUGGACCAAUAUAUGCCAUCGACUAACCCGCUGGACAACUUCCCAAUCCCAGUGCAAGAGGAGCAAGAAGACGAGGAGAAGCGUCGAAGAGGCUCGCUCGUGCUUACUGCGACUGCAACACCAAUGGAUCCGAGCUUCGCAUAUGCCUCUAUUGGUCUCCAUGCUGCCGAGCACGCGGAGAAGGAACGCCAGGUCGAAUAUACCAGCCGCUUGACGCAGGCCACUUGGGACAUGGCAACGCGGGAUAGCAACCCUGCCACAGAUCUUGUGGUCUGUCUAGAGCGCAAUCGCGAUGUUGGGUUCCGUUAUACGGAUGUCGCUCGCGAAGUAGUCAUCACUCAUGGUUCUGAGGACAAGCGUGUCCCAGUCGCAAACGUGAAGUGGCUGGCAGAGCAGAUGAACCGAAGGGCAUUGGGGGCCACCAUUGAAAGAGGCUCCGGGAGAGACAGUAGAGACAGCUGGGUCUCCACUGCGAGAGGUGGUUGCGAGGUGCGCAUUCUGGAGGGCGAAGGACAUGGCUUGAUGGCUAGUCCGGUGAUUAUGGGCGAUAUUCUAGAAGAGAUCGCACGAACGGCCUAUGAGCGCGAGAGUCUACAAGAAGAGAGGAGAGGCUGAUCUCGUUUGAGAUGACUUGAACGGUUCUCAUCUGUUGGCGCUGUCGCUUCGAACAGAUGCCAUGGAAAGCGCGCCUUACCCAUCACAGGACAAUGGGAUUUUUAGCAUUUGCAGUAGUAUAUUAGUAUGAUACCCACGGGCUCAGCACAGCUGCAGCCUG